GCCCUUGAAAACAAAUUCGCCACUGUUUAAUUUUUGUUUGGAGUAUAUUGGAAAAUCAACAACGCAUAACGUGCUGGUGUUUAUGCAUCUAAAUCAGAUGAAAGAUAUUGGGUCCUUUGUUUUGGCUGUAUAAAUUUCUUCCGUAUUUUUGUGUUUAAGUGACGUUUUGAGAAAUAAUUCUAACGCUCCUGAUGAAAAUAAGUGGGUGGGAUUCUUCAACCAUUUUUUGCAGCAAUCAACGUGUGAAAUGUGUUCUGUAAAAUAAUUGAAAGCAUUAUUUGAAAUAUUCAAAGUGUUAUGUGACUAUACUUUCUAUCCAUUGCUGCAUGCCACAAGUGUUUUAUUAGUACUCAAAUGACAUUCGAGUAUUGUACGUGAGACCGACAUGGCACAUGGCACAAUGGCGAAGGAAAUGCAGACAACCACUGUUCAGAGUUACCAGAUGAAGACAAUAAAGGGACCAUCUUACCUCAGAUGUGAGGAAUGUGACAAAGUAUUCACAAGAAGCUGGUUGCUUAAGAACCACCACAGAGUUCACACUGGUGAGCGGCCAUACAAAUGUGCUUACUGUGACAAGGCCUUUGCUGACAAAUCCAACCUCCGACAGCAUGCCAAGAUACAUACAACAAAGGAGAAGCUAUUCACGUGUUCCAUAUGCCAGAAGUCAUUUGCUCAGCGCCGCUACCUCAUGAAACAUGCCUCUGAGAUCCACCGCGACAUCUCCAUGAGCCUAUAUGGAGAGGAGAAAUCAGCAAAGAUCAGCAAGAUCACCCCGCAGACCAAGUACAUCAUACAGAAGCCUCCUUCCAAGCCAGUUACCAUGGUUGUUAAUGCACAGGUGCCUCGUGCCAUUACUGAUACGCAGUCCGGGCAACUGCUGCAAACAAAAACUUCAGAGAAGAAUGAGAAGGAACCUGAACCGGCUGCAGCAGCAAAGGGUUGUGAACAGAAAUACAGUGAACAAGAUUUGAAAGAUUUCAUCAAAAGUAACCAAAAGACUAUGGAGAAGAAUGGAUAUAUCUUCAUUAAGCAGAACUUUGAGACAUUAGACACUGACACGGAACCAACACUGACUGAAAUGAGUGAUAUUCCUGUCACGGACAUAUCUGACACUGUGAAGCAAGAAAUUGAGACUAAGGAUUUACUUGGCAUGGGCAACCAGCUUCUCAAGGUCAACGGUAAAAUGGUGUUCUUGCAGAUGGAUAAUCGAACAAUAACAAGGGAAGAACUGAUGAAAGGUGACACCACCACUGUGACAAAAGAUACUGCUUUUGUGCUGAAUGGGAAAGUUAGUCUGAAUCAGAAAAGCAGGCUAGUGACACCCAAAACAGCCAAGAAAUUGGUGGCUAAAACAAACAUAGUGAAACGCCAUACUAAUAUUCUCAAGUCAGCUCAGGCUAGCGCCAAAAAGCAGUCUGCGGGAAUGACAUUCGGAGGAGACCUGAAGCAGCCAAUAGCAAGUGUGCAGAGCAUGGUACAAAACGUGAUGAAGACCGGGAAUCCUGUGCAGUACCUGACAAUGACCCAUGACAACCAGCCAAUCACGUUGUUGCAAGUUCCAAACCAACUAUCAGUCAUUCCGUUAUCCAUAGUUCAGCUCGUGCCCUCAGGCAUGGAAGGUAUUCAAACAUUGUCUCAUGGUCAGUCUGCCAUUUUACCCUCAAACUUUCAUAACAUAAAAAUUGCUAGUGUUCCGAACUUAGGCCCUGAUUCUGCAGUGACUAGGGCGAACAAUAUUGCCAAUGCUGUUUCUAGAACUAGAGCCAUUGAAAUGGCUAAUGCUAUGGAUGAAAAGGGGGCAGCUGGAGACAUGGGUGGGGUAGCAAUUUCUAGUAUAUCAACCCCAAUCAUGUCAGAUGCACCGUGGCAGGGAGUGCUUAAUAUCAAUUCAGAACAAGAGCUGUUAGAGUACAUCAAUUCACAGUCAAACUCCGGCCUGGAUACAGACCAAGGUUUUACUAUCCUUAUUCAGAAUGUUGAUCCUCAAAAUAAUGCAGUGUUGUCGUCUCUUGACUCUCAUAGUUUGUUGAGUGGCUCUGGACACAUGUCUGGUAUAUUCAGCGAUCAGGGCGGAAUUAUAUCGGAUAUAAUGCCGGGCGUUUCCAACAUGGAUGAAUCUCACCUCCAUACUGCAUCCACAGAAGAAACUGUCAUUUCCAACCCUGUACUAGGCUCAGUGAACCAAAUGUCCCAUUCUGGCGAUGAGAUAAAUGUAGAGAGUGUUGUAAUAAAAAGUCAGUCUCAGGACCAGAGUCACAUGUUGAGUUCAGAAGAAGGGAUGAAAGACGCAAGUUGCGUCGAUGAUGAUGAUGAUGAUGGUGGUGGACGGCAGGAUUUCAACACAGAGUCCUGCGAUGAUGUUUACAAGGAUCAUGGUCACAUGAUGUUAGAUCAGUCAGGGGGGGAGCAGUUUAGUGACUCGGAAGAGGGGCAGCAGGCCAAUGAAAUUGUGUUUGAAAUCAAACCUGUGGAUGAGCAAGGUAAUCAGGAGUAUAUUGUGCAUGUUAAUAGCGAUAGUGAUGAAGUUGAGGAACCCAAAACGGAAGAAAUUUGUGAAUCCUUGAUAGAUGAGAAUCAGGUUUCUGACGCUGAAUAUGUGGGGGAAAAUGAUGGGAAAGAUUUGCCAACAGUGGAAGCUGAAUAACAACUUGUUAGUCUUUGGGUUUCAUGUCAAUUUUGGAAGCUUAGAACAGCAAAGUGGAUGAUUUGUUCUUGGUUGUCCUUCUUUCAGUAAUAUACAUUUUUGAGGAAAAAAUAAUUAUUAAUUCAUGUUUGUACGAGUUUAAAGUUUAAUAACCUUUACCAUGUAGGCUGGUUGUUUAAUUGAAAAUAUCACAGAAGGCUGGAAGCAUUGUUUUGUAGAGUAAAGGUUAACGGAAACAACUUACAUUAAAUACUAUUUUUCAUUUCAUUAAAGCCACAUAAAUACAUAAAAUUAACGAAUAUUUUGUGAAAUAAGUUAACCCAUAGAAAAUCGGUGCUCCUUAUGGCAAUAACCAGAUUAUUGCUAGGUAUGGUCUGGGAACAUGGAUUUUACGAAAUAAAAAAUGCUCGUUUUCAUAUUUAUACGUUUGACAAUAUAUUCCAUGUGAAUUUCGUGCAAUGAUAUACACUCAUUUACAUGUACGAGCGAACACUUAGCACAGCCCAUGAGAACUAUGUAGUGCUUCUGAAGCUGCUGUAGUCAAUCUCGUGUUUGCUUCCAAAAGUUCAAAUAUCGUCGGGGGGAUAUUCACAUGGAAUAUAUUGUCACACACAAAAAUAAAACAAACAUUUUGUUUCGCGCUUUUAUCUAUGUUUCUAGACCACAUCUAGUGCUGAAAUUUUGGCUAUUGCUAUACAGAACACUGAUUUUGUAUGGGUUUUUACUAUUUUACAAUAUUUUUUUUCAAUAUUAGUUGAUUUUGAGUAUUUAUGCAGCUUAAAUAUAAUGUAGAUACAUGUUAAGUCAAGAUUGAUAUAUUGUGUGUGUACAUGUUUAUAUUAUAGAAGUAUUUAUUCUUACCUGACUAUUCAGGUAUUGAUCCACUUCAUGCAUGCAAUUAUAAAGGGAUUUUUAAUGAAUACAUUUUUCUUGUUGCUUUCUAGCAGUAUCUGCAAAUUGGUACCCAUAAUCCGAUGGUCACAAUGUGUGCACACAAGGUUAAAUGUGAAGCAAUUGUGUAAUUUGAUUGUUUAUUUAUUUGCUAUUGCCGGUAGUUGUCUACAAAAAUACCAGUAUAUAUAUAUAUAUAUAAUAUAUAUAAUUGAUAGAGAUACCUAUAUUUUUUAUUUAACUAGUUUACACGACUAUAGUUUAGGCAACCUAGUGAAAUUCAUUUGGUACAAUUUUUAAACGAUUUUGAUCAAAGGGGGGUAAGCUCAUAGCUAGACAUUCACGGAAAUGCUUACUAAAACAAUUUGUCUCCCUUUACAUUGAAGUCUCUUGAAUGAGCUGAUUUACAUAUAGAUUUAUAUUUCUGUGAUAAAUGUUAACAGCACAUUGUUGAAUUGUCCAGUAGAUAAACUGUAAAUCCUUGGACACACUGAAGUGCAAAACGAUUUAGGUUUUGUAAAAUUUUAAAUUGAAUUGUCCUUUGUUUCUUAAUUGUCUUCUUGCUUUUAAAAUUUAGUAUUGUUAGGCUCUUUUUUGAAAAGAAGAAUGUUUUUGAAUUCUGAGUUUAAUGUCUGUGUAUUUAUCUAACAGUCCCGCAAAUAACAUGUGUUAAAAGGAUAUUCUAGAUAUUUUCCAGGAAUCAGUCAUUCUCAUAUAUGAAGCUUUGAUUAUAAUUUGCAAUUUCUCAGACAAGAUCAGACUAUGGAGUUGCAGUAUACAUAUAUUGAACUUUUUGUGAUUAGCAUUUCAAAAUAAUAAUUGUGUCAAGAUUUCUAUGUUUUUGCCAUCUACAACAGUUUCAAAGAAAAUAACCUUACCAAUGUGUGACUCACCCAAGCACAACAUACUCAUGGGGGACUAUUUUGAUCACCUUAUAUCCAGAGAUCAUUGUGCCCUUUCAAUAUUUACCAUGUACUGAAUCUCUGUUUAAGUUUAUCUUGACAAUAUCUUGGCCAAGUUUGAAAAUUUGUCACAUAUCUGAAAACUAGGCCAUCAGGUAUAGUCUUAAAAAAAAACUUGUACAUGAAACCACUUGUGAAGUGAAUUCACAUAUAUUCAUCAAUCUCGACCAAACUUGGUCACAUGUUUAUUUAUGGUUUUGAUUUGUGCUAUGUCUGACUGAAUUAUUUAUUACAAAUUUGAUGGUGUAUAUAAUAUUAACAAUUGACAGAAAAUUAGAAUGUAUUCGGUUCGGUCUGUCUGCCUUCCCUAAGAAACAAAAAUGUACACCUUCACUGUUCCCUUUACUUACAUACUUUAAAUUGUAUGCAUUUUUCUUAUUAUAUGAAAUUGUGCACGCUGAAUCUAUUUUUUCGAACCUAAAACUCUUGCUAAAGUAAUGCCCUGUUUAAAAAUCAGAAUUUCUAAAACAUAAUCAUUGACACCUGCUACAUUUAAAAAUGCUCUAAUUAAUGACAUGCUCAAUUUAAUGAAGUAAUUAGUGCUUUAUAUGAAUUGGACAAUGUACUCAAUUAAUUUAAAUUAUAUAAUAAUGAAAGCAAAUAUUUUUAAAUAUUUAAAUGUUUUUUCUACUGAUUGUUGGAUGCUUGUGAAUGCGAAUGCAAAUUGUUGUUGUUGUUUUGUCCAAAACUUUGAUUUAAAUCAAUACAUUUAAACACCAGUUCCCUGGUACCAUUUUUAGAUGCAUGACUGUGAUGAAUGUGAAUGAAUGUGUUAAGCAUUGCUUAUCCAGUUAUUCUUAAACUUCUUUGUAAUGCAUUAGUUAUAUUUAUAUACCUUGUUUAUUUUGUACAACUGCAAUAAGUACCAUCUUAUCAACAAUUUUCGUAAGUUUCAAUUACGAAUUUGCGUAAUUUGCAUUACCGGUAUAUAUGAUAUCAUCAAAAUAUGUUUUCUAAAUGUGUGCAUGCCAAAGUAAAUUUUAAGUUUAAAAUCAUUAUUUAUUAACUAUUUCCUAAUAAGCAAUUAUGUCAGUUUACACAUAUUUAUGUAUGCAGUACUAUGUAUAAUGUAUUUGCACUGAUAUGCAUUGAUUUCGUUUCAACAUGUGUUAAAUCUCUGUUGUGGUUGUUAUCAAGUUGACAUUCAAACAUUAAAACAUUGGUUACAAAUGAAUGGAGAAAAACAUUUAACACGUAAUUAAAUUAUUUCAAGGUAUUUCCGUUGAUAAAAAUUUUUAUGCAAAAUAUGUAUCACCAAUAUUUUGACCGUUGAAUAUUAGUUCAACCUUGUUCUAGUUUGGGUUACUUUACUUAAGUAUUUUCUGUAAGCAUUUAUUAAUUCAGUUUUCAAAACAUUUUGGUCUGAAACUGCCUGGAAGUAGCGUCAUUUGUUAAUAUGUACGGGUAGAAUCGGUUCAGGACCGUUUCCAAGAAUUAAAACCAGGCCUGAUUAAAACACCACUUUUUUAAAUUUUGCAGACAAUUGUAAACUAUGUUUCUUGUUUUACGAUUCACAGCAAGCCUUAUACGUUUGGUAACAACUGCAAGAUUUCAAAUAUUAUAACACUAUAACACUUUAUUUGAUUCAUUUUUCUUGGACAUGAUUAAUUCGAAUGCACAAUGAAUUUCUCUUUAGACGAGAGCGAUUGCUAUACCUGCAUUUGGAGUAAACUGUAUAUUAACGUUUAGCAUUAGCAAUACAAAUUUACGAUAGUGCUUGUAAAUAAUAUAUGAAUCGUCUACUGUUUGAAUGAUUUGUAAAAAAGUCGUGUUAAUUUUUAAAGAUUUUUAUGUUGUUUGAAAUUGUAAAUGUUCGGUCACCUGGGGACAAAAUAAAUGGCGUUGUCCAGGU